UUGUACUCACGCUGUACAUGAUAAUAUGUUUUAGCUCUGAGAUUAAUUUCUCUCCGGAUCCGUGUGAUCCAGGAAUCCAGCUCCAGGCUUUGAACGCAGUCACUCGCUCACAGCUCAGCUCAGCUCGCACAGAGAAAAAUCCGUCAGCCGCGGGCCGCUCUCUCUCCGGCUGGAUCGGGACUCACCGCAACAAACACGGAGAACGGGAAAAGGACUGAAAUAAAUAAAGAGGACUGCUUUUGUUUAUUUAUUUUUUCUUGCAUUAAUUUUGGUCCUUUUCUCUUAGUCGCUCAGCGCACAGGUCCGCGUCCUCUCUUUCUGCUCCAGCAGGACGGACACUCUCUCUUUCCCCGCAUCCCUUCAUCCCGGCGCCGGGGAGCGCAGGAGUGAACGAGCGCUCGUCUGCGGGAAUGUGAGCUCUCAGACUCACAUAAAGGCUCAGAUGCGUCCCAAAUGAGCGGAGCAUGUGUGCGAUGUGCGCUGAGACGCGCCGCUCUUAUUAUAAGACCUUCUUAUAAUUGCCUCAACUGAUUAAUAAACUUUUCAUCUGAUUUUUAUUCAGCCUUAUCCUUUCUCCCACAAAAGGCUCUGAGGUCAAUGAUGGUUAUCUCUGAGAGUGACUUCCCCAGAUCAUUGUGACUACAGUGAUUUCGAUCCAAACAUGUGGAAAGUUCCCAGUCCAGUCGGAGCCAAGAUGGGGCAUUCAGAAUGGAGGUCUUUGGCUGUCUGUGGCCUGCUGUUCGUUUUGACGGUUGUUCAGAGUUCUGACGGGUUUAGUCGGGCAGCUAUGCCGUUUGGUCUGGUGAGGCGAGAGCUGUCUUGCGAAGGUUACCCCAUCGACCUGCGCUGUCCAGGAAGCGAUGUCAUCAUGAUUGAGACCGCUAAUUAUGGCCGCACAGAUGACAAGAUCUGUGACGCUGACCCAUUUCAAAUGGAAAACACCAACUGCUAUCUCCCCGACGCAUUCAAGAUCAUGUCACAAAGGUGUAACAACAGAACACAGUGCAUUGUCAUCACUGGACCAGAUGUUUUUCCUGACCCCUGCCCAGGAACGUAUAAGUACCUUGAAGUCCAGUAUGAAUGUGUUCCCUACAUUUUUGUUUGUCCCGGAACUCUGAAAGCAGUGGGAGAUCCGUCGUUUCUGUACGAGGCAGAGCAACAAGCGGGGUCAUGGUGCAAAGACCCCCUCCAGGCAGGAGAUAAGGUUUAUUUCAUGCCCUGGACCCCUUACAGAACAGAUACACUUAUCGAGUACAACUCACUUGAUGACUUUCAAAACUCUCGACAAACUACGACUUAUAAACUCCCCCAUCGGGUUGACGGUACAGGAUUUGUGGUUUAUGAUGGGGCAGUGUUUUUUAACAAGGAGAGGACACGUAAUAUUGUCAAAUUUGACCUUCGGACCAGAAUUAAAAGUGGGGAGGCGAUUAUAAACAAUGCCAAUUAUCACGACACUUCGCCAUAUAAGUGGGGUGGAAAAACAGAUAUCGACUUGGCAGUGGAUGAAAACGGUCUUUGGGUGAUCUAUGCCACUGAGCAGAACAACGGCAUGAUGGUUAUCAGUCAAUUGAACCCCUACACCCUUCGCUUCGAGGCGACCUGGGAGACAACCUACGACAAGCGAUCGGCCUCCAACGCUUUCAUGAUAUGCGGCGUGCUAUACGUGGUACGAUCCACAUAUGAAGACAAUGAGAGCGAAGUUAGUAAGAGCCUCAUCGACUACAUGUACAACACCAAACAGAACCAAGGUGAAUACAUUGACAUCAACUUCCCCAACCAGUACCAGUACAUUGCCGCUGUGGAAUACAACCCUAGAGACAACCAGCUGUAUGUGUGGAAUAACUUCUACAUCCUGCGAUACAAUCUGGCAUUUGGGCCACCUGAUCCAGCUCACGCACCGCCUAUCUCAGAGGCAUCCACAACACCAAAGUUACAAAAACCAACAACCACUACAACAACGACCAUUCAGCAGAGAGGUCAGGUGACUACAGUUACCACUGCAGGGACCAGGGCUGCUAACAAGACACCCAAAUCACCAGCUGCACUUCCCCAAACCACUACGCCACCAUCGUUGGAGUCCUUCCCUCCACCUGAGCGGUUCUGUGAAAGCGUAGAACUUAGAGACAUCCUGUGGCCACAGACCCAGCGGGGUAUGCUGGUGGAACGGCCCUGCCCCAAAGGAACUCGAGGCACUGCCUCCUACCUAUGUGUUCUCUCCACUGGAACCUGGAACCCAAAAGGCCCAGAUCUGAGCAACUGCACAUCCCACUGGGUGAAUCAAGUCGCUCAAAAGAUCCGGAGUGGGGAAAACGCAGCCAACCUGGCGAAUGAGCUGGCCAAACACACCAAAGGAGCAAUCUUUGCUGGUGACAUUAGCUCCACCAUGAGACUCAUGGAGCAGCUUGUGGAUAUUUUAGACGCUCAGUUACAGGAACUGCGACCCAGCGAGAAAGACUCCACUGGCCGCAGCUUCAAUAAGCUUCAAAAGCGAGAAAGGACGUGCAGGGCAUAUAUGAAGGCUAUUGUGGAUACAGUUGACAACCUCCUCAGACCGGAGGCACUGAAAUCCUGGCGAGAUAUGAACACCACAGAGCAGACACACGCCGCAACCAUGUUACUGGACACCCUGGAGGAAGGAGCCUUCGUCCUUGCUGACAAUUUAAUGGAACCAGCCAUCGUAAAAGUACCAGCCAGUAAUAUAAUUUUGGAUGUUUACGUGCUGAGCACAGAUGGGCAGGUUCAAGAUUUCAGGUUUCCCCAGAGUGGCAGGGGUGGUAUUUCUAUCCAGUUGUCUUCCAAUACUGUCAAGCUCAACAGUCGUAAUGGUGUUGCCAAGUUGGUUUUUGCCCUUUACAAGAACCUGGGGCAGUUUCUAAGCACGGAGAACGCAACAAUCAAGCUCAGCCAUGAGGCAAACGGACGCAAUUUCACAGUGGCUGUGAAUUCUGAUGUCAUCGCAGCCUCGAUAAACAAGGAGUCCAGUCGCGUAUUUAUAUCAGAGCCUGUGAUUUUCACCCUGGAGCACAUUGACAUGCAGCAUUACUAUAACUCCAACUGCUCUUUCUGGAACUACUCGGAGAGAACCAUGAUGGGAUACUGGUCCACUCAGGGCUGCAAACUCAUACACGCUAAUAAAAGUCACACUACCUGCUCCUGUAGUCAUCUCACCAACUUUGCGGUGCUCAUGGCUCAUCGAGAGCUGCUGGGUCCAGAUAAAGUCCAGGAGCUGCUGUUGAGUGUCAUCAGUCGUGUGGGUAUUGUGGUGUCCCUCAUCUGUCUGGCCAUGAGCAUCUUCACCUUCUGUUUCUUCCGUGGACUUCAGAGUGACAGGAACACUAUCCACAAGAACCUGUGCAUCAACCUCUUCAUUGCAGAGCUCAUCUUCCUCAUUGGCAUCGACAUGACAGAGCCAAGGGUAGCCUGCUCCAUAAUCGCAGGAAUUCUGCAUUACUUUUUCCUGGCGUCUUUUGCUUGGAUGUGUUUGGAGGGGGUUCAACUCUAUUUGAUGCUUGUGGACGUCUUUGAGAGUGGAUAUUCACGUAGGAGGUAUUUCUACAUGAUGGGAUAUCUCCUCCCUGCUGUGGUCGUGGGUGUGUCCGCCGCAGUCGACUACAGGAGCUACGGGACCAAAAAAGCAUGCUGGAUCAGAAUGGACAAUCACUUCAUCUGGAGUUUCAUUGGACCAGUCACCUUCAUUAUUAUGCUCAAUCUUGUCUUUCUGCUCAUCACGAUGUACAAAAUGAUGAAAAACUCCACAUCGCUGAAACCUGAUUCCAGCAGACUGGAGCACAUCAACUAUGAAGAUAAUAAACCAUUUAUCAAGUCGUGGGUCAUGGGUGGCUUCGCUUUGCUGUGUCUCUUGGGCCUGACCUGGUCGUUUGGUUUGUUCUUCAUCAGCGAGUCAUCUGUUGUGUUAGCGUAUCUCUUUACCAUCUUCAACACUUUCCAGGGCAUGUUUAUUUUCACCUUCCACUGCCUUCUUCAGAAGAAAGUUCGGAGAGAGUACAGCAAAUGCCUCCGACACACAUACUGCUGCAGCAGGAUCACGACAGAGAGCUUGCACAACUCCACAAAGACCUCAACAACACGGACAAGUGCUCGCUAUUCCUCCGGUACUCAGAGUCGAAUCAGAAGAAUGUGGAAUGAUACAGUCAGAAAACAGUCUGAGUCCUCAUUCAUCUCAGGAGACAUCAACAGCACUUCAACACUCAACCAAGGAAUGACGGGCAAUUAUCUUCUUACUAACCCUCUUCUGAGACCACAAGGCACUAAUAACCCCUACAACACCUUACUGGCUGAAACUAUCGUAUGUAAUACACCAACGGUACCAGUCUUUCACUCUCCAGUGACCUACAGAGAGACAAGACCCUCUGUGACCAGCGGCAGAGACACGAAUACAUUCGGUACUCUACCGCUCAACGGUAACUUUAACAACAGCUACUCAAUUCAUAACUACAGCGAUGACGUGCAGAUGGAAUGCGGGCUCAGUCUCAAUGACACGGCCUUCGAGAAAAUGAUCAUCUCUGAGCUCGUGCACAACAACCUCAGGGCCGCCGAGUCCCGGAUCAGCACCAAAAAGGGGCCAGGGAUCGGCAGAGGGGAGGAUCCUGUCAUUGCGGAAUCCUUGGUGCAAGUGGGUGGGGACAGCGAGGUGGGCAGUCUUGGGCUGCACCACACCCACCCCCGCACGCUAGAAGCUCCCCUCAUUCCCCAGCGAACUCACUCGCUCCUGUACCACACACAGGAGAGAGCGAGGGCCGACACGGACGCUUCGCAACCCCACAGCUUUAUCAGCCAACUCCCGCCUCCGUCCGAGACCACCCUGCCCUCCCCCAACAGAGAAUCAGUGUACACCAGCAUGCCAAACCUCAAAGACUCGCCGUUCUCGGAGAGCAGCCCGGAUGUUGGUCAGGACCUCUCACCCUCCAAACAUAGCCAGAAUGAAGACGUUUACUAUAAAAGCAUGCCCAACCUGGGGUCAGCCCAACAGCUGAAUGCAUAUUAUCAGAUGAGCAGAGACAGCAGCGAUGGCCUCAUCAUACCCGUCUCUAAAGAUGACUGUGUCCCCGAGGGGGAUGUACGAGAGGGACAAAUGCAGCUGGUUACAAGCCUUUAAAACGGUUUUUGUUAUCCAACAAACUUUAAGCACCGCCCACCAUGUACACAGCCCUGCCCAUCCACUGAUAGCAGAGUGAUCUUCCUGUUUUUAGCCUCCCACAUAACUGCACACAUGCCGGAGAAACAACGCAGCUGUCCAAUAAAUUAUAGCAGGCCCAGAUGCAAUCUACAGACGUUUUUGCACAUUUCUGCGCUGAAUUUUGGGGAAAAUCUGCAGAAUUAUGUUGAAUGGAUUUAAACAGUGUGCAAUGUAUUAAACAGAGCUGAGAAUAUUACAGUCUUAUUGGUAGCUUAAUGCAAAUUCAAAUUAGCUUGAAUAAUUAGUUCUUUCUUAUUCCAGUGCAUACAUUUCUCAAAGGUUGUACAUAUGUUCUCAUGUUUCUCUUUUGAAUGCAGUUUUAUUAUUAUUAUUAUUAUUAUUAUUAUAUACAAAAAAUUUAAUAUUCAGGACCUAAAUCCAUGCAGAGAUUGUCCUGGUCGGACUAAAAGAGUUUAACAUCCAGGAGCUUGAACACCCUUUACAACGUCAACAAAAUCCCAUGUGACCACUGGCAAUUAAACCCCAGGCCUUAUAUUUUCUCAGUCGUCAACAAAACUGUCAAGGGUAAUAAUGAUUUAACAGAGAACAAAAUAUAUAUUUUGUUGUAUUGAUUGUGUAAUAUAAAUUGAUAUAAAAUAAAUAAUGACAUCCCUAAAUAGUCAAGUCAAAUAUAAAACAAAUGAAGAGUUUUUGAAUAGAUGAUUUUGUUAAAAAGUUUUCAAGUGUUUAUGAUGCGUUCAAUGGAUGACCAAAUGUAUGUUACAAAAGAAAGUUUUGCUGACAUCUCCUCUGUCUAGUUCAUGAAAAUGAUUUUGCUGCUUCAGAUCAUUUAGUUUUGGUAGAUUCGGAGGAUGUUGUGCCUUGCACAAAUUUAUUUUGUGCAAAUCUGUGCAAAGCAUGAAUUAUGUAGUGACUCAAGGCCACAGCUGAGCAUGGAAGAGGACUUCUUCUUAAAAGACACAUUACUGCAGCUGGGGAAUAUUUAUUUAUUAAAUUAUUCUUUAAAAUGAUACUUUAAAAAUCUUUUGUGAAUACUUUACAGCACUGGUCUAUGUAGGUCAUACUCAUAAGCAUAAUUAAGGAACCCAUCUUUGAUAAAUAUGUUAAGGAGCCCAUACAAAGGAUGUAAAGUUCAACACUU